AUGCCAAAGCUCUUCGUGGCGAGUGAUUACGUGGACAAGGAGCUGCAAAAGUUGCGGCAGGAGCUGCUCUCAGAGAUCGCGGAGCUCCGGGCGCAGCUAGCCGGAGGAAAUGCUCUCAUCGGUCGUUCAGGGACUGCGGAGAGCCAGGUCUCGGGAAAGCAGAUGCAGCCACUCGACGUCACAGGCUCCGCCAGCUUUGGGCUCGUGGCUGAGGAGGAGGAGGACAGCCCCAAGGAGGUGGAGAUCACGGUGACGAGCUCGAACCCUCGUGCGCCUGGGCCCAGCCGAAGCUGCAGUGAGGUCAUCACGACGGAGCCAGAUUGCCUCCAGGUCAUGUUCGACAAGAAGAGUGCCUGGAGCGUUCCCUUGGUCCUCUUCUUGGCUCCUGGCCGGAUGGAGGGGCUGAUCGCAAGCUUGCUCUUGCUGGUCAAUGCUGCCAUGCAGGCACUCUUCUCCUACAUUAUCUUCUCGAAUGAGUUCUUGGGCGAUGACUUUUCGCAGAAGCGCGGGGAAGCAACCACAUGGCGCCGGAGUUAUGCCCACGACUACAAGUACAUGGACCUCACAGACACGAGUCUGGCAUCCAGGGUGUGCGAUGAAGAUGGCUCCCUGAUCUUCUCGAACCUUCAGGCAACCCUCGUGGAGGACAUCAACCACUUCCUGGGCCUUCAGGUCAUGGAGUUCGAGUUGGGAUCCUUUCAGCCAGGGGUGCUCCUGGCCGUUCUCUGCAUCUUCCUCUGGAACCUGUGCGUCUUCAAAGAACUCCGCACCAUUUCGCAGCUCAUGCGGGUGGUGAUCCAUAUGCCAAAGGCCAGUGUGACCAGUUUCUCUGCAACGCAGGCUGGACGGUUCGCGGCCAUGGCACCAUCACGCUGUGCCGUGAUGAGCGUGGUGUGCUUGGGGCGUGCCAUCAUAGCCGGGGUGCUCCUUCUCGCUGGAAGCGUCUGGUUGGCGCGCACCACAUCCAUCUCUGAGCUCAUGCUGAAUGCAGUAGCUUUGGAAUCGGUGCUGCACGUGGACGAGUUCCUCUUCUCCUCAUUUAUGCCCACGCUCAUCCAGCACGCCGUGCAGAACUUGGGCCCCGCGGAAAUCCCACACAGUCGCCGUGGCAGCAGGACCGAGACCCUCAUGUUGCUUGCUGUGCUUGUCACAGCCGCGAUCCUUCCCUACACCAUGCUUGUGGAGCCGCUGAGCGCCGAAAUGCUUGCGACCAAGAAUGAGCUGUGUGGUGGGAACCUCACCUUUGUGGUCGGCUUUAACACCGAUGUCCAGCAAACCAUUGGACGCCGCACCAGGGCGGUGGACGAGGAAGAGGCCAAUCUCACGAUCAUCGAGCAAGCCGUGGCCGCUCACAUCAAUCACAACGGUUCUGUGCCCGCGAGGCUCAUCGAUUUCCGCCCGGACCAAAAGGCUUUCGACAGGUGGAUGCAGCAGACGAUGGAGGAGUACACCGGGCACUACAUGCUGUGCUGGGAGCCCUACCUCGACGUAAUGGCGGCGCAAGGACGCAGCGCCGAGGGCGUUCUUAAUGAUCUCUUUAAACUCCACACGGCGUCUGCAGCCGUGUCCCUUGGAAUGCCCGAGAACUCGAGCUGCGCAGAUAUGGCUCACCUAUGUGAUCUCGGUGAAGCUCGCUUGCUGCGAUUUGCUUGUGGCCACACCUGCGGAUGUGACAGCCUCGAAUCCUCGAACCUCUACCGUGUCCGGGCAUACGGCUGCGCUCAGGGCUGCAUCAUGAAUCUCUACGAAAUGCAGGCAUGGAAGUGGCAGGGACAUCGCGGACACAGCUUCCGAACAAACUGCAAGAAUCAACCGAUAGGCCCAGGUUGGGAGCAUUUCUGGGAUGAGAUGGUCUCUGCCUUCAGCUAUGACAUCAACAUCCAAUACAUGGACAUCACCUCCAUCCCCCUCGACUGGAUAGAGCCGCACCACCACAGCAAGAAGAUUGGGGGCUGCGAAGCAAUCCGCCACGCCAGGGUUGGCGGCUACUUUGACAUCACGGGCACACAGUAUUGCCAAGGUGAGCCGGGCCUUUUCCGCCCGCUUGCCUGGCUUUGUCCUGAAGCUUGUGGAUGCGAUUCAUCCGGAGAUCCAGAACGGGAUGAAUUUUGCUUCGGCUAUGACUACUGCCCCUUCUCCGUUCCGGGGGAGAACAAAUCUCGCUUCAAGGACCUGGCAGUCAGGCUUGGUGUAUGGGACAGUGUCAUGGACGCACCCCGCUUGCAGCAGUGA